AGAUAAUGACUUUCAGAAACUUCAGAGUUUGUUGAGUUGGUUUUAAUACUUGUUGGUUCUGUUUUUUUGUUUAUUGUUUACCUUUAAUUUUGUUAUUUUAUUUUCUCCAAUAUGUGUAUCAUGUUUCAUAUUCCAAUUGGAUUAAUCUUAGGAUUGUGAAUGUGUAUUUGUGCUCUCCACCGGCCUUUCAAGUGAUAAUUUUACCUUCUUGAAUGUUUUUUUACUUCGGAUAAAUCUGUUACCAAAGGAGAAAGUUUUUUUUCUGGAGUUCUAACCAACACCACAACUACCGUCAUCAUCAUCAUCACCUACAACAAAAUAACAACCACUACCUGUACCAUCAUUAUCACCAUCAUCAGCAUUUAGAUUCAUCUUUUCUACUCGCAAUUUUACUUCUUUUUUACCUUUUUUUCUCUCUGCCCCUGUUUUUUACUUUUCCGUCAUCAUUAUUUUCUUACCGUCACUUACAAUUUGUAUAUUCAUAUUCAUCUUUAAUUGAUGAUUUGUGUAAUUAAUUUUAAUAUAUUAUGAUUUGUUGAUAAUACACACUUUUAUUUAAACGAAAACGUUUUUUUAAACUCCAUAUUUUCAUUGUAAAUGGAUAAAUUUCUUUCAACUUGUUGAUCACAACGUUGAUAAAGUCACAAGAUGGUCAUCGUUACAAGAGGUGAUUACAUAUGGAUUGAGCCACAAUCCAAAAAAGAAUUCGAUGUUGCCAUUGGAGCUCGUGUAAUUGCUUCUGAAGGAAGGAAAAUACAGGUUGAAGACGAUGACAAUCAGAAGCAAUGGCUCACACCGGAACGGCGGAUAAAAGCAAUGCAUCCAACAUCAAUUCAAGGGGUAGAGGAUAUGAUUUCCCUGGGAGACCUUCAUGAAGCUGGUAUACUACGUAAUCUUCUCAUCCGAUACAAAGAGAAUCUCAUUUAUACUUAUACCGGUUCGAUUUUGGUCGCAGUUAAUCCAUACCAAAAUCUUCCAAUCUACACGGAUGAACAAAUGAGGCUGUAUAAAGAAAGAAAAAUCGGAGAAUUACCGCCGCACAUAUUUGCCAUUGGAGACAAUUCUUACAAUAAUAUGCGUCGAUUUCAGCAAGACCAAUGUAUUAUUAUAAGUGGUGAAAGUGGAGCUGGAAAAACUGAAAGUACAAAAUUAAUUCUUCAAUAUCUCACAUAUAUAAGCAAACCAGCGCUUACAGGCUCAAAGUUUUUUGGACAAACUUCAUGGGUUCAAAAUCAAAUUUUAGCCGCAAAUCCUAUUUUGGAAGCUUUCGGAAACGCCAAGACAAUCCGUAAUGAUAAUUCAUCUCGAUUUGGUAAAUACAUUGACAUUUAUUUCAACAAACCCGGAGAAGUGGAAGGAGCCAAGAUUGAUCAAUAUUUACUUGAAAAAUCUCGUAUCGUUGGUCAAGCUCAAGAUGAACGAAAUUACCAUAUUUUUUACUGUAUUCUUGCUGGAAUGUCUAAAGAAGAGAAAAUGGAACUUGAACUAUCUGAUGCUUCCAAAUAUUUUUACCUAACUCAAGGAGGUUGUAUCACCUGUGAAGGACGUGAUGAUGCAGCAGAAUUUGCUACAAUCAGAAUGAAUCUACAAAUAGUCGAAUUUACUCAAUAUGAAGUUCGGGAAAUUUACAAAAUUCUGGCCGCUCUUUUACAUAUCGGAAAUAUCAAAUAUAAAGCUACAAUUGUUGACAAUUUAGAUUCCACUGAGAUAACCAAUGCUGGAAGUGCAUUAAGUGCUGCUAAAUUAUUAGAAGUUAAUCAUCAACAUUUAAUGGACGCACUAACCACAAGAACUAUCUUUGCUCAUGGAGAUACGGUUGUAUCUCGGAUGAGCACUUCUCAAUCAUUGGAUGUACGAGAUGCGUUUGUCAAAGGAAUCUAUGGACGAAUGUUUGUUUGGAUUGUCAACAAAAUCAAUGCCGCUAUUUACAAACCUAAAUCAAGUGUAAAUCAUUAUCGAACCUCAAUCGGUGUUCUCGAUAUUUUUGGCUUUGAAAAUUUCAACAUCAAUAGUUUUGAACAGUUUUGCAUAAAUUAUGCAAAUGAAAAUUUGCAACAAUUUUUUGUUAAACACAUCUUCAAACUGGAACAAGAAGAGUACAAUCAUGAAAGCAUCAAUUGGCGUCACAUUGAAUUUGUUGAUAAUCAGGAAGCUUUAGAUCUGAUUGCGGUUAAACCAUUAAACAUUAUGGCUUUGGUUGACGAAGAAUCUAAAUUUCCCAAAGGAACAGAUAAAACGUUGCUGCACAAGUUACACCAAACUCAUGGUGUUAAUGGAAAUUACCUUCAACCCAAAUCAUAUGUCAACUCUUCUUUUGGAAUCAAUCACUUUGCUGGUGUCGUUUUUUAUGAUACCAGAGGGUUUCUCGAGAAAAACAGAGACACAUUUAGUGCUGAUUUGAUUCACUUGAUUCAAGUGAGCAAAAAUAAAUUUCUCCAAUCGUUAUUUAUCCAAGACAUUGGUAUGGGUACCGAUACUCGGAAAAAGACGCCAACUUUAAGUGCCCAAUUCAAACGAUCUUUAGAUUCAUUGAUGCGACAGCUUAGUCAGUGUCGUCCAUUUUUCAUUCGUUGCAUUAAACCCAAUGAAUUUAAGAAACCUAAUAUAUUUGACCGUGAAUUGUGCUGUAAACAAUUGAGAUACUCUGGAAUGAUGGAAACCAUUCGGAUAAGGCGAGCAGGUUAUCCUAUACGGCAUACUUUUGCUGAAUUUGUUGACAGAUACCGGUUUCUUCUUAAUGGAAUUGAGCCGGCCCACAAGAUACACGAUUGUAGGCCAGUUGUUGCCCGUAUUUGUGCACAAAUUUUAACUAGCAAAGCAGACUAUCAGUUAGGAAGAACCAAAGUGUUUCUCAAAGAUGCCCAUGACUUGUUUUUAGAGCAAGAGAGAGACCGAGUGUUGACCAAAAAAAUUUUAACCUUACAACGGGCCAUCAAAGGAUGGUAUUAUCGUCGCAAAUUUUUACGUAUGCGAACCAGUACCAUUAUUAUUCAACGCUUUUGGCGUGGUUACAUUCAACGGAAACGCUAUCAGGCCAUGAAAACUGGUUACCAACGUUUACAAGCUCUUAUCAGAUCUCGAAUAUUAACCAAUCGAUUUAAGCUGCUUCGUGGCCAUAUUGUUGCUCUACAAUCACGAUGUCGAGGUUAUUUGGCUAGGCGAGAGUUUAAUAAAAGAUAUUGGGCUACUAUAAAAAUUCAAGCCUUUAUUCGUGGAGCUAUUCAGCGAAGACGCUAUGCCAAGAUGAAAUUGGAAUUUAGGCAAAAAAUGGAAGCUCUAGAAUUAAGGUUACAAGAGGAAGCUCAUUAUCGUAAACAAAUGAAUCCACAGAAGGCUAAAGAAAUAGCUGAGGUUAACUAUUUGCAGCGACUUAAAAAGCUUGAGAUUCAACAGCAAGAAGAAGAGAUUAUCGGAAAGAAAAUUAUUGAAGAGAAAAAAGCAGUGAUCACUGAUGCAGUUCAUCGACAAGAUGAAGCUUUAGAUGAUUCAAAGUUGGUUGACGCCAUGUUUGACUUUCUUCCAAGAACAGAAACAUCCAGUGAGAACAUGAUUCCAAGUGCAUUUAAAGAUCUUGAGAAACACCGAGGCGAACAGGUAUCUGAUGGAGAACCUGAAAAUAUAAUUCCAGUACCACACGAGGACCAUGAAGAUUUAUCUGAAUAUAAAUUUCAAAAGUUUGCCACAACAUACUUUCAAGGAAAUGCUAGUUACUCUUACCAAAGGAAACCAAUUAAACAACCUUUACUUCCUUUACCCACUCAAGGAGAUUGUAUGGCAGCGGUGGCCCUUUGGAUAACAAUUUUACGGUUCAUGGGAGAUUUGGCUGAACCCAAAUUUCACACAAUGGCUCGUGACAAUACUAGUGUAAUGACUAAAGUAUCUGCAACUUUAGGUCGUAAUUUUAUCAAAUCCAAAGAGUUCCAGGAAGCUCAAGCCAUGGGUUUAGAAAUGGAAGCAAGCGAAGCCAGACCCGCAAAGCGUAGCAUUCGUAACAAAUUAGUUUCCCUUACUUUAAAGAAAAAGAAUAAAUUGAGUGAAGAUGUUCGAAAGCGUCUCCAAGAGGAUGACAUUGCCGCAGAUACUUAUUCAAGUUGGCUUGAAAGUCGACCCACUUCAAAUCUGGAGAAACUUCAUUUCAUCAUCGGCCAUGGUAUUUUAAGAGAAGAACUUAGAGACGAAAUUUAUUGUCAAAUAUGUAAACAACUUACUGACAAUCCAAACAAAAGUUCACAUGCUCGUGGUUGGAUACUUCUUAGUUUGUGCGUUGGAUGUUUCGCUCCAUCAUCUAAAUUUGUUAAAUAUUUGCUCAACUUUAUUAGGGAAGGUCCACCAGGUUAUGCACCAUACUGUGAAGAUCGACUUCGCCGAACCUUUGCCAAUGGUACCCGAGGUCAACCUCCAUCAUGGUUGGAACUGCAAGCAACUAAGUCAAAAAAACCUCUCAUGCUGCCAAUCACUUUUAUGGAUGGUAACACAAAGACUCUUCUCGCUGACUCGGCGACCACCGCUCGUGAACUGUGCGCACAAUUAUCGGAGAAAAUUGCUCUCAAAGAUCAGUUUGGUUUCUCUCUUUACAUUGCUCUAUUUGACAAGGUUUCCUCCCUUGGAAGUGCUGGUGAACAUGUAAUGGAUGCCAUCUCUCAAUGUGAACAAUAUGCCAAAGAACAAGGCGCUCAAGAACGAAACGCGCCUUGGAGACUAUUUUUCCGUAAAGAGAUUUUUGCUCCUUGGCAUGAUCCAACGGAAGAUACAGUGGCAACCAAUUUAAUCUUUCAACAAGUUGUCCGUGGAGUUAAAUUUGGUGAAUAUCGGUGUGACAAAGAGGAAGAUUUGGCAAUGAUUGCUGCUCAACAGUAUUACAUUGAUUUUGGUGAUGAACUUGUUCCUGAUAAGUUAAUCACCUCUUUGCCAAAUUACAUUCCAGAUCAUUGUUUCCAAACAAAUGAAAAAAAUAUCGAAAGAUGGGCCAACCUGAUAGCAAAUGCUUACAAAAAGAGCUACUAUUAUCGCGAAAGGGUUUCACCACUAAAAGUUAAAGAAGAUGUUGUUGAAUAUGCUAAAUUCAAAUGGCCACUUCUAUUUUCCCGAUUUUAUGAAGCACUUCGAGUAACUGGUCCACCUCUUCCUAAAAAUGAUGUGAUUGUUGCCAUUAAUUGGACAGGAAUCUAUUUUGUAGACGAUCAAGAACAAGUGCUACUUGAAUUAUCAUUCCCUGAAACAACAUCAGCUCAAAGCGAGAAAAGUGCCAGACCAUUUAUGCAAAACUUCAGCAUAACAACCAUUCGUCGAGAAGAGUUUGUCUUCCAAUCGCCCAAUUCAGCAGAUAUUUGUGAUUUAGUUAAUUUCUUUUUAGAUGGUCUCAAAAAACAAUCCAAAUUUGUAAUUGCAAUUCAAGAUUACAAGGGUGAAGGACAAUCUACUUUGACUUUUAAUCAAGGAGAUUUGUUGAUAUUAGACGAUGGUUAUACCGGCGAGCAUGUUAUGAAGAGCGGUUGGGCUGUUUGUAAGCUUGAAAAGAGCGGAGAAAAGGGCGAUGUUCCAACUGAAUACAUUUACGUAUUACCUACAACAACUAAACCACCAAAUAAUAUAUUAUCUCUUUUCACGGAAGACAUUAAUUUCACCGAUACCAUGAAUGGACGCAAUGGCCUAUCAUAUGGACAAAUGAAUGGCUUUGAUAGCCACGAGAAACCUCAUACCCUAGAAGAAUACGCAUUAGAUCAUUUCAGAGCUCCUCCUAAGCAUACUUUACCUCGAACUUUAACAUUCUCAUCAGCGAGACGUCGAAAUAAUGACCAGCUUUGGCGCCAUUCAAGAGAACCAAUUAAACAGCCACUUUUAAAGAAGCUACUUAAUAAAGAAGAGUUCAAUCAAGAAGCUUGUUUUGCAUUCAAUGCUAUUCUCAAAUAUAUGGGCGAUUUACCUUCUCGACGAACUCGCAGUGGAAAUGAUCUGACUGAUCAAAUUUUUGAAGGACCACUUAAAUUUGAUAUACUUAGAGAUGAAAUUUAUUGCCAAAUUAUGAAACAACUGACAGAUAACAAGAACAGGUUAAGUGAGGAAAGAGGCUGGGAACUUAUGUGGCUAGCAACGGGACUUUUUGCACCAAGCCAAAUAUUACUUAAGGAAUUGAUGCUUUUCCUGCGUACCCGACGUCAUCCUAUUGCCAUAGACUGCUUACAACGGCUACAUAAAACGCUAAGAAAUGGCCAGCGAAAAUAUCCACCCCAUUUAGUUGAGGUUGAAGCUAUUCAACACAAGACAACUCAAAUAUUUCAUAAAGUCUAUUUUCCUGAUGAUACGGAUGAGGCUUUUGAAGUCGAUUCAAGUACCCGAGCCAAGGAUUUCUGUCUCGAUAUUGCUCAAAGAUUGAAUCUCAGAUCAGCUGAAGGAUUCAGUUUAUUUGUUAAGAUUGCAGAUAAAGUAAUCAGUGUUCCCGAGGGUGACUUCUUUUUCGAUUUCGUGAGACAUUUAACGGAUUGGAUAAGGAAAGCCCGACCAUCUAGAGACGUUGGUUCCAUACCUCAAUUUACUUAUCAAGUAUUCUUCAUGAAAAAGUUAUGGACUAAUACGGUUCCAGGAAAAGAUGUAAAUGCCGAUAUAAUCUUUCACUAUCAUCAAGAAUUACCUAAAUUGCUUCGUGGUUACCAUAAAUGUUCAAAAGAAGAUGCUGUUCGUUUGGCAGCCAACAUAUAUCGAGUCAGAUUUGGUGAAAGCAAAAAUGAACUUCAAUCAAUACCUAAUAUCUUACACGAAUUAGUUCCAGCUGAUUUAGUCAAAAUUCAACCACCAAGUGAAUGGAAAAAGCAAAUCAUUCAAUAUUAUAAUCAAGAUGCUGGCAUGACCCCUGAAAAUGCAAAAAUCGCUUUCCUCAAGUACGUCUACAAAUGGCCCACCUUUGGUUCAGCAUUUUUUGAAGUUAAACAAAAUGGUGACACCAAUUUCCCUGAACAUCUUCUCAUUGCAAUCAACAAGCAUGGAGUCAGUCUUAUUGAUCCUGUUACCAAAGAUAUCCUAAUUACCCAUGCAUUUACCCGAAUAUCAAACUGGAGCAGUGGAAAUACAUAUUUCCAUAUGACAAUAGGAAAUCUGGUUCGAGGAAGUAAACUUCUCUGUGAAACACCAUUGGGAUACAAAAUGGAUGAUCUUUUAACGUCUUAUAUAAGCUUGAUGCUGAGCAAUAUGAACAAAACUCGAGUGAAAUAAUGAAUCAACCGAAGCAACCAAUCUAUGGCGUGAAGCUGGUGAAACAUGCAUUGAUCACUUUUUAUGGAAAAUUUUAGUUGAUGUUUUAUUAUUUAAUUUAAUUCCUGAUAUUAUUACGACCCUUUUUACAAUAAUUAUUAAUUAUUUCGUAAAUUUCCAUCCAGAAUUAACAUUCUGUUUUGGGCAGCUAAACUUAACGAAUCACGUCAAUAUGGAAAUGACAACAUUUCAAAUGGAAUCCAAUUCAUCUUCAAGAUUACUUAAAAAUUUAUAAUGGAAUCCAUUUAUCAAGAUAAUUACCAACAUUCCCACAGCUUUAAAUUGCUGUGAAGCACAGAUUGGCAAAAAUUGAUGAAAUCAAUGAAUAUUAUUAGCCUGAAAAUUCAUUUUCCAUUUUCAAAAUCUCAACAUUCCAAAAGCUAUGAUAACAACAAAGAAACUCAUAAACCAUUACCAGAAUCCAGGAAGCUGAAUAAUUGGUACUCUAUAAAUCAUUCUGAUCCCAAAUUUCCAAUAAUCAUGGAUAAUUUAUAAAGUGGAAAAACAUAGACAAUUUAAAAGAAAACAUUUUGUUGUAAAUCAAUUUUCAGCUUCUAUGAAAGCAUUUUUUUAGGAUAAAAUAAUUUAUUAAAUCUCAUAUUGUGUUGAUUUAAUAUGCAAACAUAUUACCGUGACAACAUCAACAAAAGGUUGAAAUGUUUUGUUAACAAUUGACAAGUUACAAACAAAA